CUGCUCCGCAGUGCUGCCGCCGGAGCCGCGCAGCGCCAGCCCGGCCGUGCGCGGGGAGCGGCCCCGGCACUCCGGGACCCUGGCCCAGCCUGGCUGAAAGCUCUGGGUUACCGUCAUUGGCAUCGCUGCUGUCUGUAAGUGAGGUGAUUGAAUUGCCCAGUGUGCCACGUUGGUGCUUUUCAUCAGGGCACUGGUGUCCCUGAAGUCAGUCCCCGAGUGCCCCGGGAGCGGGCGAUGACCGACGCCGUGGUGGGCGGCAGCUCCGACCGGUGGAUGUGCCCCAGCGACAGGACCAUGUCUGUCCGAGCCAGCAGCGAGAAGGAGCAGCUCCCCUCCGGCUGGGGCGGCCAAGCCGACCGGCAGCGCAAGGGCGAGGAGCUGACGGAUGAGGAGAAGGAGAUCAUCAACAGGGUCAUCGCCCGCGCCGAGAAGAUGGAGGAGAUGGAGCAGGAGCGCAUCGGGAGGCUGAUGACCAGGCUGGAGGACAUGCGCCGGAGCGUGCUGGGGGACGGGGUGAACCGCUGCAUCCUGUGUGGGGAGCAGCUGGGGCCGCGUGGGUCUGCCUGUGUCGUGUGUGAGGACUGCAAGAAGAACGUCUGCACCAAGUGCGGGGUGCAGACCACCAACAACCGGCCCCACGCCAUCUGGCUCUGCAAGAUCUGCAGUGAGCAGCGGGAGGUGUGGAAGCGCUCUGGUGCCUGGUUCUUCAAGGGUUUGCCCAAGCAGAUGUUGCCCCAGCCGAUGCCUGUCAGCAAGAACAAGGGACCCCAAGCCCCGAGCGAGCCCAGCCCGGCAGAACCGCCCACCCCAGACCCCAAAGUGUCCUCCCGGGCACCCACCCGAGGUAGCUGCCUUUAUCCCUCUCCCGCAGGCAGCGACACGACGGCAUCCCCCAGGGGGAGCCGCAGGCCGGCCGAGGGCCGGGCGGGUCCGUGUGGCAGCGAGGACACCGGUGGGGACACCGAGAGCCGGGACUACGGUGCCGAGAGCGGGGUCAGCAGGAGCCCUGGUGUGAAGAGAACCAACUCCGUUCAAGCCUCACGGCCGCCCCCACCAGCCACUGCCGGACCCGCUGCGGGUCCCGCGCCGGCAGCAGCACCCGCAGCAGCGAGGCCGGGCCCCGGGGCGGGCGGGCGGUUCCCGGAGAGACAAGCGAGCCCACCGCUGGGACCCUCAGAGCCGGCCCGCGCUGCCGCCAGGGAGGAGCGAGGAGGGGGCUACGCUGCACCCCCUGCCAGGGAGGAGAGGCCGGCCUGGCAGCCCCCCGCCUUCCAGCAGCCCCCCGCCGCCACACCCGCAUCCGCAGCCCCGCAGCGGCAGCAGCAGCAGCAGCAGCAGCAGCCCCAGGAGGAGGAGGAAGAUGCCAACAGCUAUGACUCUGAUGAAGGCACCACGCUGGGAGCUCUGGAGUUCAGCCUGCUCUACGACCAGGAGAACAGCUCCCUGCACUGCACCCUCAUCAAGGCCAAGGGCUUAAAACCGAUGGACUCCAACGGCCUGGCUGAUCCCUACGUGAAGCUGCACCUCCUGCCUGGAGCCAGCAAGUCAAACAAGCUGAGGACGAAGACGCUGCGCAACACCCGCAACCCCGUGUGGAACGAGACCCUGGUGUACCACGGCAUCACGGAUGAGGACAUGCAGAGGAAAACCCUCAGGAUCUCAGUGUGUGAUGAAGACAAAUUUGGCCACAACGAGUUUAUUGGAGAAACUCGAGUUUCCUUGAAAAAACUCAAAGCGAAUCAGAAAAAGAACUUCAACAUCUGCCUGGAGAGAGUAAUACCAACAAAACGUACUGGAACAACCGGUGCAUCCCGUGGGAUGGCUCUGUAUGAAGAGGAGGUAGAUCGUGGUGGGGACGUGGAGGAGCGUGGGAAGAUCCUGGUGUCCCUCAUGUACAGCACCCAGCAGGGCGGGCUCAUCGUGGGCAUCGUGCGCUGCGUGCACUUGGCAGCCAUGGACGCCAACGGGUACUCGGACCCCUUCGUGAAGCUUUGGCUGAAACCUGAUAUGGGAAAAAAGGCCAAGCACAAGACACAGAUUAAGAAGAAAACGUUGAAUCCUGAGUUUAACGAGGAGUUCUUCUAUGACAUAAAACACAGUGAUCUGGCCAAGAAGUCACUGGACAUUUCAGUCUGGGAUUACGACAUUGGAAAAUCCAAUGACUACAUUGGCGGUUGCCAGCUCGGCAUUACGGCCAAGGGCGAGCGCUUGAAACACUGGUACGAAUGUUUGAAGAACAAGGACAAGAAGAUUGAGCGCUGGCACACCCUCCAAAAUGAGAACCACGUUGCCAGUGAUUAAAGGGAGCUGCUGCCCCACGCUCCCCAACAGCCCAUCCUCUGCCAAGCCCUUGUAGAUCUCUGAUGUCCGUCUUCCAGCGCAGUCAUGCCUUGCUACAGCCUCCGGUCCCAGGGCAGCGAUGCUCUUCUGCCUCCUCUGAGCAUCCUCCGUCCUCACCUCCACCUGAAAACCAACCCAGAUCUUUCAUAUUCUCUUCCUCUGUUUAUUUUUUGUUUUGGGAGGGAGGUCGUUGAGUUCCCCUGGUGUGUAAUUUUGUCAAGCAAUAGUUCCCUCCUGACUGUUCCUCUCUCUCGCUGGUCUCACAUGCCCUGUGAUAGCGUUCCCGUUGUGUGUCCGAUGCUCUGUGUUCCUCCAGCCUCUGCUCCUCUGGCUCAUCCCAUUGCCACUGGCUUGUGGCUCUGGUAUCUCCCAGUGGGAUGUGCAGCCACCAGUCUGGCUGUGCUCCUGUCAGGCACUGGGGUGUGGAGUGCUGGUGUUGGAGCAUCGGCCUGUUCUGCUUGUGUGAUAUCGAUACCUCAGUUGCAAUAAUGAAAAAGCUCUUUGGCUUUGGUGUGGGUCGUCACCGUCUCCUGGUGUCUGUGUUGUCAUGAUUAGGCCAAAGCCUGUGUCACUGAUGUAAUCCUGCGAGUCCUGCUUGAGCUUUACUUCUGGUUUGGUCCACUUGAGCAAUAUUGUGGCACAUCCUUUGCUGAGAAGAUCCACCAAUAACACAAUAACAGUUAUGAGGAAUAGGGAGCUCUGUGCUCGCAGGGAGGCAGGUUUGGGUUGGUUCAUGUGGUUCCUUUUGCCUGAGGAAUUCACACACUGUUGCUGUAGGAGCCCACCCGUGUUUCAAGGUUGUGACUACCUCCUCUUCACCUCUGAGUAGUGACUGAGCCCUGAGGGCAGUCCCUGGGCCCCCUCAGACCACCCCUCCUGCUGCCGAGCGUUUGCCGUGCCACGCUCAGGAGGGAAGCCGAGGGAGAUGGCACUUCUCACCAAGUAGCUGUGUGCAAGGAUUAUUGCUUUGAAUUGCUUCAAAACACCACAACUACUGAAAUUAGCUGGGACGUUUAGAGGUCUUCCAAACUUUGGUUGUUUUGGUUUUGUUUUGUUUUUUUUCCAAUUCUGCACAAGAACCACUGUCUUCAGCCUGCGCUUUAGUUAUCUCCUGGAGCUGUUCAAUCUGUCCUCGAUAGCAGGAGAGCAGAGACAUUCUCAGACUGAUGCUGGUCAGGUUUGGUACCAUUUGCUGGCUCUGGAUAACCUCAAGCAUAGUUGAUAGUAGCACAAUAAGCACUAUGGAAUAUAUUGUCAGUGGGCUACACACUGAGCAUGUUGUAUGAAACCUCAACCCUUUCAGUCCAUGACUCCCCGUGCACCCGCUGCUGCAGUCGGCUGGGGAGCUGUCCUGUGGCCUGGGCAGCUCUUUCCCUUGAGUUGGAUGAGUUGUUUUCUUGAUAUUUUCUUUAAAUAGUCUUUUUUCCCCAGCAGAACUUCCUCUGAAUGUUGACACUCUGUGACCAUCCCCGUAGCUCUGUGCCAAGUAACGUCACCAGCUCUGGGUGACGCAAACCCCCGUGUGUGGAGCGAUGCUGCUGCUGCAGAGCAGCCCUGCCCCAGCCCAACCCAGGGUCUACACAUCCAAGGAGGUCUGUGUUGCCUCCCACAGCCCUCAUGCUCCCCAUCCUUGGACCACCAGCUGGGGAAAACCAACCUAAACCACCCUGUGCAUCCUCUGCUUUGUCCAUCCUGAGCUGGGAGACCUCUUCCAUCACCCCAGACUCAUCCUAUGGCACAGAGAGUGUAAUGGAAGAGGAUACUUGAAAAUUUUGCCCUUCUUUCAUGGAGUUCUUGACUCUGUGCCAGUAAGAAUGAGAUUCUGAACCAGACUGUCCACAACCCAGACUGAAACGACCCUAUUCUUUGGGAUGGUUUCCCUCUCUGUCCUGUGCUGAAAUCUCACUGCUCUGCCCGGCUGGUUCAGCUGUGGGAUGGUUGGACUCCAGGAUCAAUUAUUCUGUGCUGCCCUAUCCCUCCCUGCUCAUCUCAGAGCAGCAGUUGGGCCCAGAGCUAUGCUGGGGAAAUGGGUAACUGGGGUAAAAUUACCUUUAAAAAACAUUAUUUAAGGAAUUUCUCAAUGUCCCCCAGCCCUGCAGCAGCCCAGCCUCCUUUGUAUGUGCAGAACAACUCAAUUAAGGUUGCCAUUACCCUGUCCUGUAUUGCCAUUCUUUGUCCAGCCUGCUUUCCCUUUGAACAAAGGAUACUCAAAUCAUCUUUUUACACUCACAAAAAUCAAGUGCAACUUGCCAAUCUCCUCAGUAUUGUGCAAACCACGGUCCUGGUCUCUGCCACCUUCUUCUCAGUUUUUCUGAUGGUAAUUUCUGCCCUGAAUGACUUCUUUUCGUUGUAAAUAAAGCAUGCACAUCUGGAUUGGGAAUGGUGAAAAACAACAACAAAAAAAAAUAAAAAUAAAAGCCUCUUCUACUGCUGUUUGCAUUCAAAGUCGCAUGCAGUGAUUUUACAGCAAAAUAUCAGUUUACAACUAUUACGAGAAAAAGAAAAUGUUACACAGGAACUAGAAAUACUCCAGUCUUCCGCUGCAUGCAGCACAACAUUCUCUCUUGAUGUGGUAUCUAAUAAAGUGAGACUAUUGGAAAA